UCGGUUGUGACACUACAUUUCAGGACUAUGGCUACCAAACCAGGGAUCCUCACUGACUGGCCAUGGCAGCCUCUUGGAAGCUUCAAGUACGUGGUUUUGGCUCCAUGGGCUGUUCAUAGCACAUACUCGUUUAUGGUAAAGGGAGAAAGUGAGAGAGACAUCGGCUACUUCCUUAUACUUCCAUUCCUUUUGUUGAGGAUGCUUCACAAUCAAAUAUGGAUCUCUCUAUCACGUUACCGAACAGCCAAGGGCAAUAAUCGGAUCGUCGACAAAGGAAUUGAAUUCGAUCAGGUUGAUAGGGAAAGGAACUGGGAUGAUCAGAUAUUGUUGAAUGGAGUAUUGUUUUACAUAGGGUAUAUGAUUCUUCCUGGGACUCAUAACAUGCCAUUCUGGAGAAGCGACGGUGUGGUUGUGGUAAGUCUGCUUCAUGCGGGUCCAGUGGAGUUCCUGUACUACUGGCUUCACAGAGCAUUGCACCACCACUACCUUUACUCUCGCUACCAUUCUCACCACCAUUCUUCCAUUGUAACCGAACCAAUUACCUCGGUUAUCCAUCCGUUUGCUGAACACAUAGCGUAUUUCAUUCUCUUCGCAAUACCAAUGCUUACAACCGUGUUCAUCGGAACUGCCUCUAUAGCAUCCUUCUUCGGAUACGUCUCAUAUAUUGAUUUCAUGAAUAACUUGGGUCACUGCAAUUACGAACUCAUUCCCAAGUGGCUCUUCUCCAUCUUUCCCCCUCUCAAGUACCUCAUGUAUACCCCCUCGUAUCAUUCACUGCAUCACACCCAAUUCCGUACCAAUUAUUCUCUUUUCAUGCCUAUAUACGAUUACGUGUAUGGGACCAUGGACAAGUCCUCGGAUACUCUUUAUGAGGCUUCACUAAAAAGACCCGAAGAGUCACCCGAUGUGGUACAUUUAACGCAUCUAACGACACCAGAGUCCAUCUAUCAUCUACGACUAGGAUUUGCUUCGUUGGCCUCUAGGCCCCACACGUCCAAAUGGUACCUGUGGUUGAUGUGGCCUGUGACAUUAUUAUGGUCUUUGUUUCUAGCUUGGAGCUAUGGCCGUACAUUUGUUCUAGAGAACAUGGGGAGGAACUUAAUAAAAAUGGUGAGCUUUACAUCCAAAAGUACCCUCAGCUUAGAAUAAAGCUGGUGGAUGGAAGUAGCUUAGCAGUGGCUGUGGUGCUAAAUAGCAUUCCAAAAGGAACAACUCAAGUGUUUUUAAGGGGCAACCUUACUAAGGUUGCUUAUGCCAUUGCCAAUGCUCUAUGUGAAAGGGGUAUCCAGGUGGCAAUACCAUACAAGGAUGAGUAUGAGAAGCUUAAAUUAAGGCUCACCACAAAGAUGAAAAAUAACUUGAUCCUUUCAUCAAGUUAUGCUGAUGAGAAGACAUGGUUAGUGGGAGAUGAAUGGAAAGAAGAGGAGCAACUGAAUGCGCCAAAAGGAACAUUAUUCAUUCCUUUCUCUCAAUUUCCACCAAAGAAAAUGCGGAAAGAUUGCAUCUUCUACACCACACCAGCCAUGAUCGCUCCCACAUCUUUGAUCAACAUGCACUCUUGUGAGAAUUGGCUGCCAAGGAAAGUGAUGAGUGCUUGGCGUGUUGCCGGGAUAGUGCAUGCCUUAGAAGGGUGGAAUGUGAACGAGUGUGGGAACACUUUGUUUAAUAUCGAGGAUGUCUGGCGAGCAAGUCUUCAACAUGGCUUCCGUUCCUUGAUCGCGCUUUAGCUAAUUACAUUCAUAUAUAUGAGAAUAAUUUAACUUUCAAAAAUCAAGUUUGCAAAAUUCUACAAUUCAGUCACAUUUGCAGCUUGAACAUAAAAUAAAAAAUUAAAAAAUUAAAAAAA